AUGGGCGAGAAUUCGUUUUUAAAUGUGAUUAAAGAACUCAACAAAGAUCUUGAUAGCGAGGUAAAGUUUAUUAAAAUAGAUUUUGUGAAUAACUAUAAGAUACUUGCGACUAUCUUUAUUUACGAAAGUUUUCAUUAAAUAAUUAAAUAUAAAGAUGUAUAGUGUUCAACUGAAAAAUCCAUGAAAAGACAAUUUGAAGAUAUCGAUAAACAUAUAUAUGAACUGUGCAUGAAGCAUCAAGCAUGCGGAAGGUGUGUCAUAAUCUUUCCAGUCACCUUGUUCCGUUAAAAACACCAAAACCUCAAAACUCGUUCAGACGUGAUCUGGAUUGGGGAACCCAUCUUUGUGGCUGACAGGAUCUAACAUUGUAUCUAACUGGGAAAGACAAAACCUCUUGACGCCAGUUUUGCGCUCGUAAUAUACCCGGUGAUGGUGAUUAUUUUCCUUUUUUGGGCAAUUUUUGGACUAAAUCCAACAUAUACUGGUCAUUUGUAGCAAUCUGAGAUGCAACUUGGUUCAGUGAGUACACUUGGCUUUAUCAUAGCACGAUACCUGUAUGAAGAAGGACUAAAAGCUGUUAACAGUGGUGAAAUGUUGGUGGAAGACAUGGAAAUCGAAGGAUCUGCAGACACCGCCAUUAGAUGCAUGAACCUUCUCAGUCAAAGCGUAGAAAGAAUAGGUUUGACACUUAAAUUAAGAAUGUUCCUUUUCCCUUACAAUGGUAAUGUUACGAUAUGAAGAAAAGGAUAGGUACAGUGUGAAAUAGCCAGUUCCAGGCUCCAAGAUAGUGAUGAACGCGGAACGCAAAAACCGCGUGGGGGCUGGGGAGGGACGCUCUUCACACCGUUUUUCGCUCGUUCGCUUUCUUACUACUCGCUCUCUUUUUUCGCUCGUCCGCAAUGACCGAGAGCCGAGCACAGGCUAAAUGUGAAAAUAGUAUGGGUUCUCUGGUUUUUCCUUUUUACUAUUAGGCUUUCUUCGGGCAUGUAAGAGCCACUGUUUUUUCCCUCCUGUUCAAGGUUCCAAAUUUGCAGAGAUCGUGAAAGCUUGUGCAAAAACUGACACGCGAGGGCUGGGGAGAGUAGAGGUCACGCGUGUCGUGUUUUCGCGACGUCCCUGGGUGUCUAGCUAAGAGCCAUGUUUUUCAUACCAUUGAAAAGCAGCUGUAAUUCCUUUGUUUUCUAGUCCUUUCCAAUUGCGCCUUGUUAAAAAAACUGUCUUUCUUUAUUUUUCAGUUAGACUUAUCAGCAGUCGAAAUGCAUUAAUAACUUGUUCAGCUUGUAACUCCAUCGCUGAGAUUGGACGCAAUGGACCACUGCCUCUCCCUGCAGGAGUAGAGUCAAUGGAACAAGGUUUGUAACGUCCCCCUCCCAGGUUGUUGUCGGAUUAAAGAAUAUGACAAAAGAGUCCUUUGAAGCAGUUUUAUGCUUUGAAAUAGGAAUCGAAACUCCCAAAAAGGUGGAAUGAAUCGGAAAGCCCAAACAACUUAUUAACCCUUUUUUUUUGCUACCCGAACACUAGUUCACGCCGUUAUUUAUAAAUACCGUAUUUUGUUGUUAAGUGACUUUUUUGUGCUUUUGUUAUCGUCAGAGAAUACAACGCCUGUGGAGGAUGAAAGUAUCAGCAAGUUGACUGUGGUAGAUAAGCUACUCGAUACUCUACAAAAGGCUAAAGAGAAUAAGGCAUGUACAUGAUUGUUUUGGGUCUCAGUCCUAAUUUUGAUAUGACGGGUUUGUUAGUGUAGUAAAUUGAUGAAAAUGAUAAUGAUAUCAAUAAGCAUAACAAUAGCUUUAGUUAAAGCAAGUUUUCUGAACACUGCAUUGUAUUUGGUUCUUCACACAAAAGAAACAUUAGCUAUGCCUCUCUGCCCCGCUUCGUUUUAAACAUGAAAGGUUUUUAAAAGUAGUAUAGUAGCUUCAGAAUUAAAGCCUUUUGUGCGAUUGGGAGAAAACUAUCCAGAUAAACUUUUUUACAAAAAGGCAAACUUCACCUAUACAACUGUGCUACUUCUGUAUUUAGUCUGCAUAUCCGGUUGUUCACGUUGGUUUAGUUACGUCGCUGUCGUGAAGUGAACUGUUCUUUUUUAUUUGGUAGGUGAAGGAGAAUGCUACUCAUGCCCUCGGGUUUCUUUUGGUUGGAGAUGAGAAAUUCCCACAUCAUAAAAAACUUAUUGAUGGAUUGUGUGAAGCCUCUAAGGUAAUGACGACCUACUUUUGUUUCAUGUCUUUCCAGCCUUUUGGAAACCAAGGAAAUCCAAAGGAAAACGAUAUAUGUAUUAAUGUUGUUAUUGGUGUUUGUCUACGGGUUGUAGCUCUUGCCAUCCUUAGUUACAGUUGCGUUUCAAUAUUGUUAUCAACCAGACAUGAUACCUAAUCAUUUUUUGUGCUUUUUAAACCGGAUACUUUUGUUAUGUGGCUGUCCUCAGAUUCGUCAAGUUGAGCUUCAGUUCACAGUUGGGGAGGCCUUAUCAUGUGCAGGAGCAGGUCGAGCAUCGGAAGUUGCACGUGAUCCGUGGGCAGUGGAACAACUUCAAAACAGUGAUUGUGAAGAGGUGAAAGGAACCAUGCAAGAAUUGAUUGACAUGAUUAUCAAGAAGUAUGCCACUAGCACAGCCCCAUAUGUUAGGCAGGUUAGUAAAAUCGUCUUUGUGUAAAUUGAUUGUUCUUUUUGUUGUUUCAUUCUUUAUUGUGGCCAAAGUCAAACCCGCCAAAAAAUUCGAAAUUUCGUUUCUUAAAAACAAGUGCUACCAUACAACAGAACGAAAUCUUUGAGUGAAUUGUGCUCUAUGGUAUUUUUUGUUCGUGGUGUCUUAUGUAUUUCUUUCUUUUCUCAAAAGGCUUCAUGCAUCUGGUUGUUGUCUCUCGUAAAGUACUCUGGAAAUCACAAUGUUGUUCAGGUUUAGUCAAAUUUGUUGCUUUGUUAUUCAUUAAUAUAUCAAAUACACUCUUAUGACCGUCUAAUUUAAUACAGUUGAAAGAAAACGGUUCCAUAAAAAUACAAGGAGAAUCAAUUGCUAAAAUUUAAGUUUAAUCUUUUAGGAUACCUGACACUUUCGUCUAAUGUUUUAGCCUGCGGGAGAGAGGAUUAUUCAGCUUAUAAGCUCCAGUCAAUUUCAACGCAAAACCAAAUUUUUUGGACAAGAGUAUUUUUUUGGCAAUGAAAUUGAUCGCAGGGGCUUGAAGUCACUUUGUUGCUUGGGAAUAAGUUUCCUUUUCUCCACAAACGUUGAAGUUUAGCUCGCCUUGUAAUGUUAAAGAAACUUGAAACCUUGUCAGUUUUUAACAGUUCUCACCGUCGAUGAAUAGGAACUUAUUUGACAGUUUGACAACUUUUUCUUUAGGCAAACCUCAAAGAAAUUCAGAUGGUCUUCAUGAACAUGUUGUCGGAAACAGAUGGUACGAGCUAAAUAAAUUUUCUGUUUAAGAGCACUAGGACUCUUUAGAUCUGUACCUCUGUUCAAUGCUAGAAAACUAACUAGUCAUGAUGGCGUUCUUCCCAACGUUUGCUUCUUUUUUAUCAGCAUAGACGGAGAGGGUUCUGUUAGCAGUUGGUUUGAAGUUUGUGGUUUUUGCUCAGAUCUAGAGACUGUGUCUUUCAGUACACAGAAUCGUUUACGUUGUCCACUCUCUAGGUUCCCAUAUACUCCAUGUACCACGUGGUCUAUCCCUCCCCUCCCUGGCAGGUAUCACCAACUGGGUACAGGGAGAAAUUGUAAAUAUUAUAAGUUUCUCACUAUCUUGGGACAUUCGGUAUAGUUUUGUACCAUAACAGGGUGCAAAGAAAGUUAUUUUUACAGCUUACCAUUUGGGCAAGCUGAAGCUAACAUUUAAAACAUCAUUUCAACUAGCCCCAAAAACGUUUUGAUGAGCAGAUUGAUUUCACGGUACUUCUGUAAUUUGAAUUCCUCAAAAAACUUCACUUGCCUGUCGGGCCAGUUAAAAACAGAAUUCACUAGCCCGAUAGCAAAAUCCACUAGCCCCAUGCUAUCGGACACUACUUUCUUUGCACGCUGCAUAAUCAACAAAGAAUUUUAUACCUUCCCUGUUUCAUGAUAUUAAGUCGGUUGUUAACUUAGGAAAGGGAGUAUAAAGAUUAGGUGUUUCAGUAGACAAAUAUUUGUUUUUGUGUAAUCCAGAUCUUACCCAAGAAGUUGCUUCUAAAGGCCUUGGUCUUGUAUAUGAACACGGUGGAGAGGAAAAUAAGCAAGAACUUGUGUCAUUAUUGGUCGAUACACUGGCAACUGGCAGAAGGUAAAUUAACCGAACGUUGAGCGGAAAGUACUUCUUAAGUACCGAUUCUGAACAGUUUAUUCUUCUGCCAAUGUUUGUUAUUCUUGGAAAUCAAACGACUGUUGGGGCUAACGUUUCAAUGCAUGGAUCAAAUCCUUGACUUUGACAGUCGGAAAAGCCAUUGAUUUCUGACUUUGUGAAGGAAGUUUUUUAUCUAAACCUUUUUUGCUCCUAUUUGCUUGGUUUACUUAAAGGUUUUGUGGUGGACAUUCCAUUUGACAUUUGCUGCUAGUUUGUGGCUUUAAUAAAGUAAUUUGAGCCAAUAAAUAUCAUAAGUCUUUCACCAUUUUUUUUUCAGACGUAACCAGCCUGUUACUGGUGAGACCAAGAUCUUUGAAGAAGGAGCUUUUGAGCGGUAGGUGCAUGUAUUACAGUCAGAUGUCUCCAAAUUCUUUUCUUUUAUCGUUAGCCUUUUGGUCAUUUAGGUAAACAGUUUAUUAAAUGCAGAAAAAAUUUAAUUUAAUUUUACAAAAAUCAUUCUGUUUUCAUCCUUACGUCAUCGCCGUUUGUUUUUUCAUUUUGCUGAAUGUCGUAGGGGUGGACUAUCAACGUACAAGGAGCUGUGUUCUAUUGCUAGUGAUCUUAACCAACCAGAUCUGGUUUACAAGUUUAUGCAUCUGGCAAAUCACAAUGCUCUUUGGAACUCCCGUAAGGUAUCUGCCACAUUCUAAUGACAGUCUUUUCUUUACAUUAGUGGUGCUGUAGACAACAGUCGUACUUUUUGGCACAGGAUUCGGGUUUAAGUAAAGUCGAGCCUUCCGUAAGCGACCAUCCAAAAUACAAAGAUUUAGUGGUCGCUUAUGGGAUGUGGUUGCUUGCGAGAGGUCGGUCGCAGAUGGAGGUUCGAUUGUAGUAUGGCUGGGUAACUGCAAUAAGCAGCGCUUUUUGUUUGAACUGUUUUAUUUCUUGGUCUCCUUUGUUUUAGGGUGCAGCUUUUGGAUUCUCAUCUAUAGCAGCUCACUCCAGAGAGCAGCUGGAACCCUACCUUCCCAAAAUCAUUCCAAAGCUAUUCAGGUAAAUUAUUAAAAACCAGCCCAGUCUUGUAAUGAUCAAACAUCAAAUCAGUAAAGGACGACAGUUCGUUAACGCUUCGACACACACCACUUCCACACCUUUAUGAAAUGAAGUAUUGCGAUGAUGUCAGUUAACUAAUGAGUCAAUAUUUACUAAAAGACUUCUCAAGUAUAUUGGCCUCCCGAAUGAUCAGAAAUCUUUGCGGCGAAAGCUUGUAACCAUUUUCCCUGUAGAGUGGCGGUUGGAAUGGUGGGAGGCAAUUCAAAACCAGCCAAUUGCAAAAUGUCUAACGACAUUCGUACUGUUGGAUUACCAGGUAUCAAUACGAUCCUAAUGUGAAGAUACAGCAAGCUAUGGCCAGCAUCUGGGCGGCCCUUGUGCCAGAGACAAAGAAAACGGUGUGUUUUUAGAUAAAACUUUGUUAAGAGGAACUAGUACUGACACAUGUACCUCAAAGCUACUAAAGCGGUUCAUAAAAAAAAAAUACGAGAUGACUCCCAAGAUCAUUUGAUGUCAUCUGUAGGACUUUUUGCAACCCAAAGGUCUUCAACCACAUAUCACUGAAUUGAAAAUUAAUAUAUGAAAUGUUGGAAUCAUAUUUUGAACUACGGAUAAAGAUAUGAAAGUGAACAUGAUCUUCGCAGUAGAAUGAACAACAUACGCGGUUGUAAACACUGAUGUAAAACAGCUCAAAAUCGCUCAAGAUAUUUCAUUCUUUUAUGUUUAAACAUAUCGGGUAACUUUUUUGCACAGAUGCUUGCCUACGUAGUGUUUGUCUUUCACAUGUCAUUGCGUUCGGAACUUGUUCUUUUAUCCUUAUACUUUUUAGGUUGAUAAAUAUGUGAAUGAAAUACUUCAAGACUUGAUGACCAGUUUAGAAAGCAACCUAUGGCGAGUGCGCCAGUCCAGGUAAAAAUGAAGGUUCGUCUGUAAGUGAAGGGCCAAAUUCUUCUGCAUUCUCGUCCCCAGCGCCCCUCUUGUUUUCUAACUGGGAAAAGCCCUGGGGAAGAGAUUGAUUUUUUUGCUUCAAUUGCUGACUCAGUCCUAUCUUUCACUGCCUUCCUCUUCAUAGUUGCAUGGCUCUGAGCGAUCUUCUCAGCGGUCGAUCCGUAGAUGACAUGCUUGAAUCAAUCCCCAGACUUUGGGAACUGUGUUUCAGAACUCGUGAUGACAUAAAGGUUUGUUAACGUUUGUUGUUGCGAAGACAUGAUUGUAUCUUGCUAAUUUUUUUUAACAUUUUAUGUUUUCCAAACCUUUUUUGAACGUACUAUAAUAUUUAUUUCAGGAAACUGUAAGACAAGCAGCUGAAGUGGCUUGUAGGACAUUAAGUAAGGUAUGGGCGACACUUUUUUAAUGCCUGGUGUAUGAGACGCCUUUUGGCUUUGUCCCCAUAGUUUUGGAACACAGCAUAGAGUGCUUUCAUUUUGCUAGAUCUUUAAACAGCGGCGUUUUAAACCACGGUAUGUUGUCUGCCUAGGUUUCCAUUCGUGUUUGUGAUGUGAAUCAGGGCAAAUUAGGUGAAAAGGCGAUCGCUUUAGUUCUACCAACGUUACUACACAAAGGAGUUGGAAGUAAAGCCGAGGAAGUUAGAGCUAUCAGGUAUGAGUUAGAAAAUUUUCAUUUAACCGCUUAAGUUCUUUUAAAUCAGUUCACCUUUCACCUUACCUUAGCUUGUACUCUCGUUGAAAUAACUACCAUUUUUGAGGCACCAACGUACUUCAAACACACAAAAUGCACAAAAUGAUCCAUCAUGAAAUAUGAAAUGGUAUAGGAGAGGCCUAUCUAACCGUUUUGGGACCAGAAAUAGCCUCCCCGCAGACGUCCUUUGGGUUCGUUCGUCACGCCUUCAUUUCUCUCUGUGGGGAAAGAAAUGAAUGCGUGACGAACGAACCCCAAAGGACGUCUGCGGGGAGGCUAGACCAGAAACAGAUGAACGUUAGAGGAAUGUUUCUUUUGAUCUCAUAUAUUAAUCUCGGUGUAUUCUCAUUUUAACAUGCAAGGCAAUACACUUCUAUGGUAAGGCUAGGCUUAUUGUGUUGAUCUUGUAAUUAAAAUAAGAUUGAUCUUCCCGAAGAUGGAAAAAUGGCCCACGCCCUUAUCACUCUGCCUGAUUGGUAGGAUCUAUUGUUUGACGUAUCAUGUUGCCAUGCAUAUGUUGUGCUCGGGAAGCAAUGUAUUCCUCGUGUUAAUACUUGUGCAGCCACAUGGCCGAGUGUUGGACUGCUUUGGAUUCUUCUGAACUCUUCAUACGCAACAACACUUACCAAUCAACAAAAUUGGACGAUAGUGGAUCCGUUUGAGCACCUUUAAAGUUGCAGAAGGAAACGUUAGAAGACAAUCAUCUAACAAAUUAAAUAUUUUUUCGUUAUCGACAGCUUAUCUACAAUAGUGAAGAUCAGCAAAAACGCGGUAUGUUGUUGUUUUUGAUUUUUUUUUGUUCCUUCAAGAAGGUAUAGUGUUGCUAAUUAUUUGUGUCGUUAUUUAUCGUACUGGCGCUUUACUUAGCAGCGCUGUGAUUUUUUUCUCAGGGUGCAUUGCUAAAGCCUCAUAUACCGUUGUUGGUGAUAGCUCUUUUAGAAUCUCUGAGUGGCUUGGAAAAUCAGGUUUGAGCGUGUUUCAGUUUUCAUUUGUGAUCGCUAAGCGCUACCAGGCAGACUAGGAGGGAUGAAUAUGUUACGCAUAGAAGACAAAGAAUUAAUGACAUACUAAUGACAGUUUAUUGCAAACGCUGAAGAGAAAUUGUUAAACUUUUUUUCCAGAAACAUUUUUUAUUUAACGCAAGGUACAAACGCUGUAUUUCUGAUCUUUUUUUCAACAGUCAAUGAACUAUUUAAGUCUUCAGUUACAUAAAAGUGAGGAAGUUCAAGAGAAGGUAGGCUUUUUGUUUCGUGUUAUGUUCUUAUUAUUUCUGUUGGGUUUACCUCGCUACUUUUUUCAAAAUGCCAAUGCCAUUUUCUUUUUUUUCGGUUCUUAGCUUGAAGGUGUUAGAAUUGCUGCUUCCAAAAUGUCUCCCAUGAUGGAAACCAUCAAUAUGGUGAAUAUUAACAUUAUUAUUAAAUGUCAGUUUUAUAUGAGCGGUUUGAAACUCGUUUUGAUACUUAUCUGUUCUGUUUUAGUGUGUUCAAUAUGUUGACAGUACAGUCCUGCCAGAACUCGUUCCCAGACUUUCCGAUCUGUUGCGAACCGGCAUAGGACUGGGAACAAAGGUAACUUCAUUUCGUCAGUUUUUGUGACAGUGAAUUGCUGAGAUGAGAAAUUAAAAGAAAUGAGUAACGCGAUUCUAAUGUUCUUUAGGCAGGGAGUGCUGGUUUUGUUGUUUCCCUGACUAUGCAGUGUUCUCAAGAUUUGACGCCCUUUGCUGGUAAGACUCCUAUUACGAGCAGUUUCUGAACCUUAUUAUGGUCUGUCCAGUUGGAACGAAUACACUGUUACUAAUGAAUGUGAACGAACAAAGUUGGUACGAAAAGUACAUUUGUUGAGCUUAAAUAUAUGACUGAAUUAUUCUUUUUCGCGUUUCUCCCCAUCUAAGUUAUAACCGCCGCAAGAUAUGGUAUAACUCUAUCCUAGUUCUGAUGCUGAACUCGCUAACCAUUUGGCCAUUUUCCAUGAAUGAGUAUAUUAAUACAAUAAUAUUUUUCCUCGUUUUUUAACCAACAGGAAAGCUUCUAAAUGCAUUGCUGUCAGGAUUAAGUGACCGUAGCGCUUCUGUAAGGAAAUCCUACGCCACUGCUAUUGGACAUUUGGUCAAGGUAACGUCAUACUGUGUUCACAUAAGAAACAAACACGUUCAAACUUGUUUCAUUCAACCUCAUUCCUUACAUGAAUUUUAUAACUACUGUGAAUCUAGCACCAUACAUAUGACUAAUUGAUGAUUGAUCGCUUUUCAGGUCGCAAAGGACAGUAGCGUAGAGAAAGCUAUUGAUAAAAUAAAGAACUGGUACUUUGAAAAAGAAGGUAACAUUUACUGCCUGAUGUGAAGAAAUUGUUUCAUCUCGCCUAUCUAAUGCUCUAAUACACGACUGAAUUUUCUUUCAGACAAAGGCCUGCGCUUAGCCUGCGGUCUUACCCUACAGGCCGUGUCGCGAUAUUCCCCGGAUGUAAUGAAGCGUCACGCAGCUAAAGCUUUGCCAGCGGUUUUCUUUGCUAUGCACGGAAUGAAGGAAUCGACAGAUGGAGGUAACAUUGGCUAGUCAUUGUCAAUGAUAAAUCAUGUUAACAAAGGCUGGCUAGCACCACGUAUUGUAACAUUUGGAUCAGCUGCUGUCUUAAAUUUCUUCCUCGGGCUACUUCUGCUUGUAUGAGAGAUUGACUCGAGUAAGAACGCAAUCUUUUCGUCAUUAAUUUAACGAAUUAAUUUAACGAAUUAAUUUAACUGGGAAGUGCUGCACGAACUCUCAAUCAAAGAUACAAAAAGAUAUUUUUCAUUUAAAAAAUGAAAGCAGAUACAUUUAACAGACUCAAAGCAAGGAAACUUUGUUCUUGCAACCCAUAAUAAAUAGGUUUUACAUCUUAUUGGUGAAUUGAACUUGUCAAGAGAGUUUUGCCCCAACAAGAAAGAGUAGGGUGGUGGAACAAAAGCAGAAAGUGCGUAGUAUUAACUUCAUGAAAUUUCAGUGUAGACUGGUGUAAGGUGUGGUUAUGUUUACAGGAAACAACAGCACAUCUUCUAAUGAGUCACUAUGGGAAGAAAUUUGGCUGGAAAAUACACCAGGUAAUAAGGAUAUGUUAUUAUUUUCUAUUGUCUUAGGACGAUUAAACGGCUCAGAUGCGAAUACAAUUGUAUACUGACUGAGUUGCUCCCUUAGAAACAAGUAUAUCAAGUGGCACACAAUGAUGAAGGAUUCGCUACGUGAUCGGCGGGAAGAUGGGCCUUGUAACAAGCAACUCCAGAGAGUGUUCAGAGCAACCUUACCUGGGUGGGGUGGGUCUGGCUCACUGCAGGUCUUGCACGCUGACCACUCUGCCUGUAUCUACAUGCGUUGCCAUGAUCAUGUGUGUGUAGUUUGAUCACGUGCAUAUCGUUUCAGGUACCGAGGCAGGCAUAAGACUUUACUCAGAUGAAAUAGUCUCGAUCACGUGUUCUGCGCUGACAUCACAGUCAUGGACAACUAAGGCCCAGGCUGCUGUGACAAUAUCGGCCAUAGCGCUGAAGCUUGGUAAGAUUGUUAAUUUAAAAGAGCUGCUUUUUUGGGUUAAAGCCAUGCUAAGACUAACAUUAAAUGCCUUUUUUGGUGGAUGAAAGUUUUCGAAAACUCUCUCUGGAAGAAAUUCUUGAAGGGAAAUUUCGCCUACAGACUCAAUGUUUUCAUCUUACCUCAUGAGUUUUGAGACAUCAGGGAUGUUGCUUAUUCAUUCUAUCGUUCAUUUUGUUUGCUUUUUUGUUUUUCUAUGUUAACACUCUUUUCUCUCUGUACUCAGGAAACUCUCUUUCCCAACCUUACCUUGGUCAGUUGCUUGGUGCUUUGGUCAGCGGAUUGGCUGGCAGGACUUGGACUGGAAAAGUAUGGGCUUUUAUUAACACUCUUUCCGACUCUUUCUUUUCUUUUCUUGUCCAUAACCAUAACUCCUUUUCACUCUUGACAAGUCGUGAAAUUAUUGUCUCUUUUUCAGGAGUCCUUAUUAUCUGCAGUUUCUUGUGUUUGUAUAAAAUGCAGGUAUGUUGGGUAUUACAAUAUGUUUCAACUAGCGUUAAUUUGCCAUUGUCAUCCCGGAGGAGCUCAUCCAUAUCCUAAGACAUUAAAGCCACUUAUUGUAGCUUAAGGCACAGAAGCACAAACCUAACAUCAUACCUAAAUGGUCGCUAUUAUUCCCACCUCAUUUCUAAUGAAACAUGCACAGACAGACGGGGAGAAGUAAGAUGCCUAUUCAGAUUGCUUAAGCGUUAUGAUACGGUUCAGAGUGUUUAACAAGCGUUUAUUUUGUUAGGAAACCCAUGGAGGAGUCCUCACCUAAAGUGGAUCCUGAUAUUUCAAAAGUAAGUCAAAAGACAGAAAGGUCGAUAGCGUAAUCAAAGGAUAUAAAUUGCUCAAUAUGACACGGUUGUUUAUAAUAAGACUAAUUGCCCCUUUUGGAAAUGUCUGAUUUAUCCUUUGUAGAUCUGAGUACUUCAUCAGUAACUCGAUAACGCUGACUAAGAAAUAUACCUCUUCCCUUACCAUUCCUUCAUACCUUCGUCUUCAUUAAAUCAUGGUUAGGUUCAGAGUGGUGCAUGUCAAAUGUGGCCUACACAUUGAGAGUUGAACCUGCUUGGUACCGCAAACUAAAUAUUGCUACCAUAUCUCUCUUGGAUAAAAUGCUUUUUCAUCGUAGGGUAACUCCAAAGCAUGAAGUUACUGACCCCUGUUUGUAUACCUUGCUGAAGAGAAGCCGCUCUGUGCGACAAACUUGAUCGGCAUCUCGUUAGUUACCACGCAUUCUCGUUUUCUUUAAUGAAGGACCGAAAGGUGCACUUUCGUUCAACGGCCUUUUUUUCUAUUUUCUUUUACAUGGUGGAUAAGUAAAUAGGAUAAUUAGAUGUCAACAAGAGAGGAAUGGUGAAUUUGUCUCCUUUCUUCAGGUAUUGGACUCGAUAUACAAGGAAUGCAGGAAAGAAAACCCCACAUACAAAAUGGCUGCAUUAAAAUGCUUUGGAGAAAUCGUUCAGGAGUAUUCUAUUGACAGAUUUCAGCAACUAUCGGAGCUCCUCUUUCCUAUCAUUGCCCCGGUGAGUUUCUUGUUUCCUUCAAUUAACAUUCUGCGUGCCAAAUUAAACCUUUGCAUGUGCUAUUUUCUCCGGAGCAACGUAUCUUCAUUGUUUAAAGGUGAUGUUGAACGAGACGAUUCGCAUCGGCGAUUUUUAGCGCAACACAGCGGUGCAACAUUGUUGCGACAUUGUUUCGAUUGGUUACAACAUUUUCUCAGCGUUGUAACGCGGUGUUGCGCUAAGAAUCGUCGUUGCGAAUCGUCCCGUGUAACAUCACCUUAAGUUGCGUUGUCCCUCGAGAUGCUGGUACCUCGUACCAUUUAUUUUUCUCAACCUCGAGCUGAACUCUUUUUUAUGAUCCACUCGCCUUUGAAUUUGAUUGUAAAUAAUGUGCAUUUUUUUCUGAAAUAGAGAGAGUUUGCGUGAGAAAUUUGUAUUUAACAAGAACACCCAAAAUAUUACAUUCUAUAGUUCAGUAAGUUCUAUCUUUAAAGCUUUAAACGCAAACUUCCCUCCGUAGAUAAGCCCCUCCAAAAAUAAGCCCUUCAAAGGGCCUUUGAAAAAUACAAGCCCCGGGGCCUAUUUUCGGAAUUUUACGGUAUUUUAAGAAGUACAUAUCAUGUACUAUCUGGAACGUUACUGCCCUAGCAAAAGUUUAUACGUGUGUAUCUGCUGCACACUCAAAGCGUCUUUGAUGUACAUUGUUUAAUCAUCAGGAACCAAAAGAGGAAGGAGAAGAUGAAGACGAAAUUGAGGAGGAGGAGGAAGAAAAGGAUAAAAAGGUCAAUCAAGAAUUUUUAGUUUGUGCAUUUGAAUGUCUUGGACGGUCAUGGCCAAAAAAUGCAACAGAGUCACAAGGUAAUUUAUGAAAAAAUUGUUGUAAAUUCUGCGAGCUGCGAAAGAAUGUUUUGUUGGGGUAAUUUCCCCCAGCUUUGGAAAUCAUAAAACUGCGGUCAACCUCCUAGAGGUUGUACAUGAAAUACUUUGAUGUAUAGUUGAUACCGUUAAUCAAUAUGAAAGGUCUUCAUAAGCAAAGGACAUCAUUACUCAAGUUGAUUUCCUCUUAGUACUUUAACAACUGGUCCUUAAUAAUUUUAUUCUACGAAAGGCGAAAAAAUGGUAUUGUGCCGGAUAUUACCCUGCGUGGCAGACACCCUGCGUAACAGGCGUUAAAAGAGGAAGGGUGGAUCCAGGUGCGCACGAGCGAGAGCGCCAGGAGGGGGAAGUGAGGAACGCUGCCCGCGUUCCCGUCCUCUCUUCUCCCUUGCCCUUCCGUUUGGAACGCCUGACGUGCAGGAUAGCCAGAUAUUAGUGAUUGCUUCUGGCAUAGAAAAUAAAACAACUUUACAUGAAUGAGAAAGCUUUUUGAGACUAUUUGAUGGGAAACGUCAUAUCACACACACGCCUUCGCACAGGAUAGCAUUUUUUGAGCGAAGCUAAAAUAUCAAAUCCGCACUUCUCGCGCUUCCUACUCCCCUUAAAGUAAAUACCAUUGUAUCAGAUAACCGUGAAAUGUGAAAAUAAUAAUGAUAAAUUAAGAGUAGAGUACAUUUGUUUGUAUAUCAAUAGAAUAUUUGUCUAAAUGCCUCUCAUUACCGUGACUUCAAGUGCUCCAAUUUUCCCUCUUUUUUUGUACCAUUUUUUUCUCACAGAUAAAUAUGGAGAACGUUUCUGCUCAAUACUCACAACUGCUCUCACUUCAAACACUUGGAAAGUACAAGUCGUUUUGUUGGCGGCCAUUAAGUUGUUUAUUGAGAGGUUAGUUUUUAUUUUUGUUUGUUAUUUUUAAAGGCUUGUUUGUCGUUCAUUGCUCAGGUUGGAUAUGAUGAUUUUCCCUCACUUAUUUUUCUGCUCAUCAGAAUGGACUGGACUUAUGGAACUCCGGACGGAGGAGGAGAGGAGAGUAUUGACAGGAUAUCAAUGCUGAGAAAUCUUCUUGAACAGUUCAUAACACCCGUCUGUGAAUGUUUAGGUUUGUUACAUCGUUCGCGACGAUACAACGUUUAAACGUUCUCUUUAACCGUCUAUAUUGUCUUCUGUGGAAUAUCAUGUUCUUCCACUCAAACUUCUUGUUGUUCUGCUUGGAAAUGAUACACAAGCGAAUUUUGUUUAACUGAUGUGUUGCCUCGAAAUUUUAUGUUUUUUUUGGUUUGCUUUCCUCCUUAUAUAGAAGUUAAAAAGUAUGCUGUAGUACGCCUUGGAGCUGUUGAUGUAUUGGACGCGGUACACUCGGCCCUUAAAGGUAAAAGCCUGCUUGUUUGUUUGCCUUAUGAACGUCUCAACGGGUUUUUAAUGUGCAAACAGUUUGGAAGCAUUCUUCUUAUUACAACUCUAUAAAAGCUGACUUUACUAUUUUUUUUAUUCUCUGCCCUUAGGAUGGAUAGUUUCAUUAAGUUUUUGAAUAGUUUUGUUCUGUAGAUUUUUUUCUUUAAUUAGGAUAUCAUCCAAGACUGGCGAAAACUAACGGAAAACAGAGAGUCAUCGUAGUCGGCUUUUUUCCAAAAUGCCUAUCUCUGCCAGUCGUCAUUAAUAACAUGAAACCCAUUUUCAGUAACACAUGCGUAAUUAACUUUGUUGUAACUCCUAGUUCCAAGUAAAAAGUACUUACUUGCUGACGUGAUUUUGCUCCAGGGCACAUUCGCUUAUCGUUACUGACUGAAGAACAGAUGGAGCAUAUGCUGGACAGCCUUAAAUAUGUCUACAGUGAUAAGGAACCAAAUAUACGAGAUAAAGCCGCGGAACUGAAGAAGAAACUGAUCUCUCUUGGCGCGUAG